AUGGAGAAGUCACGGUGGAUCCUGCCGUGGCUGUUGGUGCUGUCCCUCCUGACUGCUGCUGACGGCGGAAACUACUCCAGGUCCGCAAGGGAGAGCGGGUUCACUGGGGAGUCCACUCUAGAGGGCGUCUCUGGGUUGUCGGGUUCAUCAGUCAGCAGGGUGUGGAGGACGGUACGGACUUCUGCCUCCGCCAACGAAGAAAAAGCUAAAUUAUACCUCGUGAAGCAGCUGCUGAAGAAAGCUGAGGACCUGAUCAAACCUUAUAUUUCCGCUACUACUGCCAUGAACGUAACAGCGGGGACUGUUACAAAAUUGGAGCAUAGUGGGGAUGCAUCUGACGCUGGUAGUCGUCAAUGGCACUUGGGUACUGUGCUCUCCCAAUUCGACAUCUCCUUCUUCAAUUCAAAUACAAGUGUGGACGUUGUCAGUCAAGUGGAGGAGCUAUUGUCAAUCGGGUUGGGCAGCGCCCAGAAGAUGUACAUGACAGAGUGGAGAGACCGCCUCAUCCUUGCAAUCAUUGAGGCCUCUGGCGUCUCCCUCUAUGCCAUCGAGCCAAAAACACACAGGAUUCAGCGGACUGAAGGCCCCAAAGGCAGAUUGAGUUGUAAUUUUGCCCACGUGGCCGGAGGACAUCUGGUGCUGACGUGCAUCAUGGCCGAUGAAACGAAGCACCACGAAGAAUUGAGGAUGGUAAAGCCUACACUGAAGAAGGUGAAGGUAUUCAUGCUUAGCGAAAAGCCAAUGACGCCUGGUCGAGGACCCCUGACUUACCGUUUCGUACAUGACAUUGAUGUGGACUCGCCGAGAUACAUCGAGACCUGGUACCAAAACAAGAAGACAUUUUCUGUGAUCAUAAGUGGUGAAGUGAUACGAAGCUUCAAUGACCAGCACGUCCACUUCACCCGCCACACCACCUCUGCACUAUACUGUUGGAUAGGAAACCACUUCGACAACUGGGAGCUGCUGCCCGGAAACAAUCCCGUAGCCGCUCACCAUUUCAUGGUCAACGAGUUUCAUUACCUGGCAUUUGCAAACUUCCAGAACAAUAAAGGUCAACACAACUGUCACAGCAUGAUUUUUCGCUACUACGUGGACCAUGGUCGCUACAUGCCCUUCCAGACCGUGGAAACCAGAGGCGCAUGCCACUUACAAAGCUUCACCGUGGGCAGCAAACGCUUCCAACACACUUUCCUUGCCAUUGCCAACUUCUGCGAGGACACCAACACCGGUGUAUGCAACCCCGACACUAUCUCCACCAUCUACCACUUUGAGGAGGGAAAAUUCAAGCUCUUCCAGGAGAUAGAGACCUCACACGCAUUCCAGUGGAUGGCUGUCCAGGUGAACAUGACAGUAUUACUCGCUCUCGUCUCCAAGAAGGGCGUCACCUUCUAUCAGUACAAUGGGUGGAGGUUCGUCACCACUGCGGUACAACCAUCUCGCCCUCCCUUCUCAGUUGGAGUCACCAGCCUCGCCUCCGCUUUCUGGGACGGCCGCCUGGUAUUCGGUGUGACGAAUGCUGACAGUGAUAAAGCCGCCGGAUAUCCGAGCUUGUACUCGGUCUCCUUCACUUCAAGAGAUGAUCUCGAGGAGGCAUAUUACCAGUUGAAGGAGUCGUGUGAAGGGCUACGACGGCAAGCUUACGGAAGAGAGCUAGCAGAACUUGUGCAACAAGUUACUAUCACUCCAAGGACGACCGAGCCUCACAACUUCUCCCGCCGUGUCACAAUUAAAGGGAAUCUCAAAGUGGAGUCUGCCAGCCAAGCCAGUGAAGCGUUUAGUCAGGGCAGAAGGAUACCUAACAGUGGUGGGCAGAUAGAGGCACGGAUAGGGGCCUUGGAGGGAACAAUCGAAGAGACACGCCGCAGACUAAAUACAUUGCUUCCCGCCGCCGGACCUGUCGCCUGGCCCGCUCACCUUCACUUGGCCAACCUAUCGAGUGCGGAUACUCAAGUAUGCUCUGUUGGUGAGCUAAAGGCAGUAUGGAUCAACGGCCAAAGAGCUCCAGUGCUCAGAAACACGGUGCCACUUCAUGCAGCCACUCGCCUCGGGAACAUUGCCAUGGAGUACAUUGAGUUUAAGGCCCCGGUUUUUGUAAAUCACCUGCACGGCAAGCCAAUUUCUACCUACAUAACUCUCAGUGGACAUCAUGAGACCGGCGGAAACUUCAUAUUCCAGGGACCAAUAAGGGUGCAGAAGGUUAUGGUUUCAAAUACAUUGGAUGGCUUGCAGGUGGACCCUCGCUCUCUUCUCCUUACCACACACGCCCAGACGCAUGAAGGGUCUCUGAAAUGCCAGUCCUUGCACUCUAACAUCCUCAACGUUGCCGUCGUCAAUGAUAUCGCCCUGGACAAGCUGCUGUCGAAUCUCAUUACUCGCAGAGCUAAUGUUACCAUUACCGGUCAGCUCAAAGUGAUGGGAGAUAUUGUACACAAUGGCCAUCUAAGAGCGAAAGACACAAGGAACCUGGAUCUCACUAAUCCAUUACUGACAAACAGUCUUCAGGAGCAGGUGGUAUUCGGUGACCACCAGAUGAGAGAGUUUGAAGCUCCGUCUAUGACGAUAGAAGGACGCCUCAACGCUGUGCGGGUCCCCGCUCAGGUGUUCCUGAACGGCAGCCAUCACUCGUACACUGUGGCGUUAGCAUCAUUCAGCCACGUGCGGGCCACCUAUGUCUCUAUAUUGCAAAAUCUCAAUAGCAUCACGGUGACCGAAGGCGACUUGGACGUACUGAAGCUCUCCGGGUAUCAGAUAGUGACGGCACCAAAGAGCUUCACUUCACUGCAGCUGCUGGAGCAGAACGCUCGUCGCUCUAGGAGUGCCAAUACUCGCCAUCGGCGGUGGUCGAUUGGAACUUGUGGGUCCCUGAAGAACCGAAGACCAAGAACUGCAAUUGCUCGCAUAGAGGCUCUUCUUUUGGCCCUAAGGGGAGUUGCAGCUGCUCAGGAUCUUCUAAGUUUUCUGACUGAGGUACAGCCAGGGCACUUUCUGGUUCCACUGAGGACACAACUUCUUUUUACUCUGCUUAAAGUGGAUGUGAAUUGUGCCUUCAUCUUUUUAGAAGAUACUGAAAGGCUCAUGUUUUUCGACAUAAUGACCGAAGACUGGAGGAGUGAAGAUAAAGAGUCUGUGCUGGUACUGAGUCAUCAAGAUUUAGAGAAGAUGGUGAUUGAAGUGAUGAACUACGAAAUUGAGAUGACAAACUUGCUUCAUACCACUCAGUAUAGAUGGUUUGACGUUUGGCUGUUGCUCAGUAAAGCGCUUCGAAAAGUUGAUGACAUCCACGACAGUUUAAAUGUGGUUAGGCUUUUAAUUGAUCUAAUUGUUAGUGAUGAUACAAUGACAUUAAAUAAUUCGCAUCACUGCCAGUCUGUGUGUGGUGUACAGAAAGAUGAUGAGCCUUUAACGCUUAAGUGUACUCGGGCGGCGUUACUAACGUUGCGGGUGACACAAAGAAUCGCGCGCUAUCCCGUGCUUGGUUCUGGAAUGUCCCAGCUGUCCGAGACACAACGAAUGACAUUCCUUAAGGGAGCAGUGCAGCACGACCUUGGGAGACUGGUAGAGUUCCUUAGUAACGAGGAAGGACUCCUACCUGCUGUGCGUGCGGCACUUCCCUGUGGAAUGGUUUCAUUGCGUCGGGUCAUUGAUAACGAGCAGGAUCUUUUGAAGAUGCUGGAGCAAUAUGAGAAAGAGCUGUUGCUCCUCUCAACAUAUAGGGAUGAACAGAACGAUACUCUAGAAGAAAAGCUUGCCUCUGAGAUAUCCACCAGUAGAGCCGUCGCCACCGCCGAAGAACCCAUAACUCUCACCGCCGAGCAAGCCUCCAUUCUCACCGCCGAAGAAUCCACGACCCUCUCACCCCGAGGGAGACGACCUCUCACCCCGAGGGAGACCCUCUCACCCCGAGGGAGACGACCUCUCACCCCGAGGGAGACGACCUCUCACCCCGAGGGAGACGACCCUCUCACCCCCGAGGGAGACGACCCUCUCACCCCGAGGAGACGACCCUCUCACCCCGAGGGAGACGACCUCUCACCCCGAGGGAGACGACCCUCUCACCCCGAGGGAGACGACCCUCUCACCCCCGAGGGAGACGACCCUCUCACCCCGAGGGAGACGACCCCGAGAGACGACCCUCUCACCCCCGAGGGAGACGACCCUCUCACCCCCGAGGGAGACGACCCUCUCACCCCCGAGGGAGACGACCCUCUCACCCCCGAGGGAGACGACCCUGAACAAUUGUUCACUGAACAGCCUUACACUGCCCGCUCUCAAAGGGUCUCAACUCUCAGUUCUCAUAGAUCGUUCAUGAGCCACUCUCUAGAAUCGUCACUCGAUGAUUCCUUCCCGACAUACAAUCCUUGGAGCGUCCAGUCUCCUCACACAGCUACUCCUGCCCUCCCUUGGAUGUAUGUAGAUACCAAACUCGAAGGACAGACUGACAGUCUCAGCUAUGAGGAAUCCCAUACAUUUAAGUAUGAUCAGAAUAAGAAUUCGAAUGGCAGUAUAUCGACUUUGCUUGGUUUAAAAUCUGAGGAUCGGCUGAGGCUGAAGAGAGGACUAUCACACAACGUAUUGAUGGUAGUAAGUCCAACUGGGAAGAUCAAUUCUUUCACAGAAAUUUCAUUAGGUCAACAAAAUUCACAAUUAAUCCAAGCAGAAUACUUCAGUAACUUAUUAUCUUCAACAAACGUUGUAAAUGGUUAUGACAAUAGUGUAAGCUCAGCUUAUACACCAGAUUUUUCCUUCAAUAAUGAAAUUCCAGCUUUGGAUACCAAUAGGGGGGCAUUUCUUGAUGUACCGAGGAAUCUAAGUAAACGACAAGCGAAGGCACUUGUACCUUCCUCAGCUAUUCAUGAUGCGGGUCUUGUAAAAGGUAACACUGGCUAUAACAGCCACGUUACUACUGUCACAUUAGUGCAACACCUUACCACCAUCAUCAACUGCACCAGCUGUACGUUUCACUAUCAGAUGUUCCAAACUACUGCGAACCAGAACCAUGCAUCCUCUGCAUAUCCCUCAGCCUCGACGGUGACGCAUAAGACACUAACCAUAAUGAUGUCCUCCUCAUCAACCAGAAUCGACUGCAUUAACUGUGCGUUCCAGUGUCAAAUUUUUACGACCCAGCAGGCACAAGCAGGGUGGGUGCCAUCCUCAGUACUUAUUACAAGAUCUGAAAUAAUUGAUCAAGGCUCAUCCACAGUGAAAUUCCCAUCAAGCAUUCCCGGACCAUCCUACAAGUUCCCACACAGAAGUACAAGCAGUAUUCAACCAACACCGUACAAUGCACGAACUUUCGUCCCAUCCACUGCAACGACAGCGCAAAGUUUGAUACUAUCAGUGUCAUCUCAACUGCCGUGGACAAUUUCCUCAAGCGAAUCUGAAUUUAUAUUUCCUCAAGUUAGUGUAGAGCCUUCACAAGAGCCGUCUUCAUUCACAUCCUACAUUCCGUCUCGCCAAUCAGAAGAGAAAUGUGACAAUAUCCCUGAACACUAUUAUGACUAUUAUGGAGACCCUGUCCAGAGGGAUGCUCUUUUAGCAUGGCUGGAGGCUGCUUACUUAUACUUUGAAGAAAUUCAGUCUAUCAGUCCCAUGGUAAUAUCCGAGCAGUUUCAAAGGAAGCCAGUAAGAACUGAGGCAACCAGUGUAAUAAAGAUCCAUGAGCUGAUGGAGAGGACAACAAAAAUAGUGAAAUUAAUUCUUAGAAAUCUGUUUUAUGAAUUAGAAAUUAGUGAGCUGAAUUUGAUCUUGGAAUCUGAAAAGUUUCGAACGAGGAUGAGGACUAACCUGUGGUUUCUUACCAGAUUCCCAGAUGAAAUAAAAAAUAGAAUGGAUGAAGUUAAAGCUUUGGUUGUUUUGGGAAAGAAAAGAAUAAUUUUGCUCCUGCACUGCUUUGGAAACGAUGACUUUAGCAACGAAACCAAAGUAGAGGAUCCCGUACUACUACGGGAAUCGGAUGAGGAUACCUUUAAGCUGCAUACGGACACAACAGUUUCACGCAAGAAAGGCAUGAAUAAUCAGUCUAGUACCAAUUUCGGUGAAGUAACAAUUGGUUCUCUUACAUCGGUCAUCAGUCGUACCAGUAACAAGGCUGCUGACUGUUGGAUUACAAAUUCGGAUAUACUAUCACCUUUAACAAUCAGAACUACUGAACCAACCAUUCAUGAUUAUAAUUCAAGUUCAUGGUCAGUACACUAUAGCACCAAAAGCAACGAUAGUGCCAUUAUCACCACCACGACCACCACCACCAAUUUCAGCAGCAGCAAAACAAACUGGCUGACAUAUUUACAAGGCAGCAUCACACCAUCAUUCAAACCUUAUGAUUCAUCACAUGGCAGGGCCAAGUCAGUAACAUACGGUUACAAUAGAACAAUCUCAAUACCAAACAAAACCUCGAUCAGCUCGGAAGAUGCCGUUCCUGCAACGCCCCCAGAUACACACCCAAAGACAGACAAGGCAGGUCACAGGGAGGAUAGUCAUGGUUCGUGGGUGGUCGGGCGGGUGGCCGGACACAGACUUCAAGACCUGAUUGACCGUUCAUUCGCUCAUUUGCCCACGCGACGAGAAGCUGCAUUUUUUAUAGUGAACAAUAUGGCUCGACUAAACAACAUAACUUUCAAAUCUGGACUUCGAGUCCAACAAUUGCAGGGGGUAGACACAGGCCACUUGCUACGACAUGGCAUGCCUAUCCGUAGCUCCACAAUUCAUGCUAACAUAACAUUCACUAUUCCUGUCGAGGUGGAUGGACCGAUGAGGGUGUCCCGUGUGAACGGGGCGCUGGCAGCCUCCUUUGUAACUUUAGGCGGACACCACACACUGCCGCAUUCUUUCCUCUUCAUGGGUCCCGUCACGGCGGCGGCACGAAUACGAGUACGGAACGAGAUCAACGGCCUUGACCUUGUGCUCUUCAGUAAAAGUGUGGCGCUGACGUCCUCUGCAACGCGCCAGGUCCUGCGGCAGCCCAUCACUUUCAAGCAGGUGUCCGUACAAAGGUUGUUCUUUGGGACCGGUCGGGUGAGGGACGUGACCUUGGAGGAUCUGGUAACGCUCAACCACCCGGCUAUUAUCACUGGAAGAAAGAUCUUCCAGGAUGUGAAGGUGCGGGAAGGAGAUACCCGAGCUGCCACUCUAUCUGUCCAUUACAUCAAUGACGUCAACGUUACCGAUCUCUUUGCUAACUCCCUCACCACAAACCCAGAGACCAAACAGGUCGUUUACGGACCAAUUAUAUUCAUGAAUCUAAUGGUCAUGGGCAAGCUGAUCACCUCGAACGGUCUUGGAGUACACAGCAACAGCGGGAUGCAAAGUCUCCAUAUCAAAAGGAUCGCGGCGCGUAUGUUGUACCGGGAUAAGGAUGGACAGUUGGCAAGCAACUUGCUUCUGAAGGGCAGAGCUUCCGUGAAAGAUCUCGCGUUCCGUGACAGCCUUGACUCCGUGACCGCGUCCUUCUAUGAUGGUGGUUGGCUGCUGAAGACAACACCACAGAGUUUUAGCGGACGGGUGAUCCUGGCUCAUGUGACAUCUGGAGCAGCAACUGUUGCCAGUGGUGCUAAGAUCCAAGAAGUAGAUAUUUCAAGGCUACUUACAGCCACAAUUAAACUGAAUGAAAAUGCGGCAGUGGCCUUCCCCGUGAAGCUCAGUGGAAAUAUGUGGGCAGCGAGAGCGUGGGUGGGCGGGGCGGUGCAAGGAUGGAACCUGACCUCAGAGGUGAUCCUUCAGAAUUCUUCCGAUGUGGUGUUCAUGGCGCAUAAGACUUUCUCAGAUGAUUUUCACGUCAGUGGCGCACUCACAGCCGCGAGUCUUCGAGGAAUGGCAGCGUCCUCGCUCUGUGGAGAGAAUAGUCAGAAAAAUUUUGAUAUUUUGGGUGCGGUGCAGCUGAAAAAUCCAGUGCGCACUGACUCCGUGUACCUCGGCCAACAUGUCGUCACAAAAGGCACAGUGGAUGACUAUUGGCUGCUGAAUCAACACGUAGUUCUGCCUCAGAACAUCACGUUCUACAAGGUGAAAGCAAAUCACAUCAAGGCGGAUUCGGUUAACGGAGUAGACGUUGCUAAACUAUCCGCCGUACUGCUACGCAGGACGUGCAAAAGUGGUAACCGGCAGAUGAUGACAGGCAGUUUCUUCGCUCCUCUCCUCGUUGUCCAUAGUCUCUUCACUCCCGGCAUCUCGACAUCCAGCCUGAACAGCCGUCCACUGAGCGAUAUCAAUAACCUCUUCACUCGCGAUGGCCAGCAGACCAUCAAGGGGCACUGGACGCUCCAACAGGUACAGAACCUAGAGUCCUUGGUCACUUUCGGUCACACAAAUGGUAUCCAGAUGACAGACUUUUGUAUGAUACAGAAACCAUGCAUCAUCACCGCCAGGAAGAUUUUUGCACAUGACCUUACCAUCAAGAAGGACCUGCACGUGGAACCAGGCAGGACUGUGCAAGGCGUGGAUGUGUCGGAGGCAUUUAACCAGGCGAUCAAUGGCACCACCUGUGGCCACGUGCCUGGUGUCACCACAUUUAACGGCAGCCUCACUGCUUCCCGCCUUACAGUUAACGGGCUGGUGAAUGGAUUCAAGGUCUCGUCUAAAGAUGUUCUUACGGGAUCCGGCGCCCAAGUUAUGUCUGGUCAAAUGAACAUCACGAAAGAGGGAAUGCUGGCGGUGGUGGGACCUUCUAUUCUGGCAGAAGAUGGCCUCUUCAACAGAUGGAACUUGAGUGACCAAUGGCGGCGUGCAUUCCGCCGUGACCAAGACAACGUCGUUCAGGAAAUGGUAAUCUUUCCGAAUCUAGCGGUCUUCAGAAACUCGAGUGAAAACUACAAGAAUUUGAGAAGGCUGACUGAUCAGGCAGGCCUAACAAGGAUUAACCAGAACUUGAAUAUACUCUUGUACAACACUGAGCAAGCAGUUAGUGGCAUGGUUCAUGAGCUGUGGGGCUGGAGGAGCGUGCAGACUUUAAGGAGCACAAUAGCUAGACUAGUACCUCUGUGGAUGAUGGACGACUCAGACGGGGUGCUGUCAUCCUGUCCGGAGUACAUGGCAGUCAUAUCCGGAUCAGGAAAUACUAAACUUCUGAUUUACAGUUAUGAUCAAAGGAAGUUCAUCAACACGGGAAUGGUGCUGAGAGGCAGCUGCACCAGGGCCGUGGCAGGCUACAAAACCAGAGGGGAAAAUUAUGUGAUCACUGCGCACACCUGCACCAGCAACCGCUCCCACUCCACCAGCACUACCAUUGGCUCAUUCCACCAAGGGACAGCGAUCCAGGAGGCCGUGCAGGUGUGGCGAAUAACGACACAUGGCCCACAGCACUUCCAACGCAUUGGCACUGGAGCAUUGGACGUUCAGGUGGCUGAAGUUGGGCAGCGAAUUUGUCUGGUGGUGGCGGCAGCAAUCGGCAACGGGACGCUGGUGUACUGUUCCAGGGGCUCGCGGAACACUUUCUCUGGGUCGCAGCAUUUGGAAACAGGAUGUCCAAAGAAGAUAUCAGUGGUGCUACAUCGGGACUCCCGAGGACGACUGGUGACUUUACUGGCGGUGGUCGGGCAGGACCGCAAUGCUCUGCAUGACAGCGCCCUGACGCUGUGGGUCCACGACGCUGAGCAAGACAAUUUCAUCCAAGUGGAGAGAGCGCCUUUGAGAGGCGUGCAAUGGGUGGACAUGAUUGUACACGGCGCUGACCUCUUCCUGGCGGUGGCGUCUAGAGGUUUUACCGGAGAUACGACCGGGAAGGUCAUCGUGUACUGGGUUAACUUGCAUGGUGACCUGCUUCCGCUGCAGUACUUCGGUUCCUUACGUAAAACGUUUCAAACUGCUGCCACCCCGGAGAAGUUGUACUCGCCACGUCCUCAACCCCUCCUCCAUCGGCUGCAGACCUUAGCGGUGCAGCUGCCCCUCGAGACCCACUUCGUCGCGAUGCCUUCUGGUCCUCUAUACCUAUUCGUUAUGAGCGAACAGGGCAACGUUACGCGAUUCGCACAAAAGGGUGUCCACAGAUUCGCGAUGGAAGGAUUGUACCAUGCCCCAGGCAGGCAACAGGUGCAGGUGUGGCUGUGCGAGGAAAAGGACGGAGAAGUUUCUAUCAAAAUGGCUAUGUCUGGGAGUCAGUGCCGCCAGGAGCAAUGCAGCGGUCCGGGACACAUGGAUGUGGAGCUUCUGGAAGCGAACUUCAAACCAGGACCUCCUUCCAUCCAUUAAGGUCAAACUUGUGAUCAGCAAAUCUAACUCGAGUCUCGAAGUCCAGCGUGAAGUCAUUACCAAGUCAAACACAAGUUUAUACAGUCCAACAACACAGCUCCAGCCCAUCACCUCCCCCUGGCCUCGCCUGCCUUGGCCUGCCAGUGAUGCUGCCUUUCCGCCCUGUCAGACUCCUUUUUCCUCUGAGCUGAGGGGAAGUUAGUUUUACUGGUUUCUUGUUACAGUUUUACGGACGAUGGCUUCUUAAUAAAUAUAUAAUGUUAUCUACAGCAAGCCAGUUCAAGUUUGUUAAAGUAUUGUAUAUUGUUAAAUUUGACUGUAAUGACGUGUUCAUUCUUAUGUUACUAAGUGUACAUUUCUAAACAAGUGUGAAGGACCUGGAUGCCUCAGUUUCAUUACUCACUGGAGUAUCAAUAUCAUAAUUAUAAUCA